GCCAGAAGGGCAAAAAAGUCGAGUCUAAAAAAUUAUAUAUUUCUGCAAACAGACCAAGUUUCUCCCUUUUUAUAUUGUAAUUUGCUUUAUUCAGUGUUUUGUUUUCCUUUCUAAGAAGAAGGUUUCAACACAAAGUUUAGACAUUGAAUUAAAAAACGUUAGUAGCGUCUGUUUUCACUUUGUGGCGUUUGCACUCCUACUAGCUACAGCCUGCAGGGAAAGAUGUGAUGUUACAGACUCUGUUCACCUGUUGUCUUAAACUGAUGAGUGUUUCAUUAAACCAGGACUCCACAAGCUUUAUUUACUGAACAGUAUACCACACUUUGAUUUAAAUUAACCAUUAUGACCUCAUGACGGAGGUCAGCGUCACUGUAUUUCCCAGCACAGCUUGCAAUACACAACGAGGGGUAAAGGUGGAGGCUGUUGUUGUGGUGAUGACGGUUUGUGCCUCAGUAUUUUAUACUGGUAUUUUGGUCACACCAGUAGAACGGAUGCUGCCAACUUUGAGAAGAAAAAAUAGGACUUGAAGUGUGUCGUACACAUCGAAUUAUACGGUAACUUAUCGCUAAAGACGGGCUUUCCUAAUCAGACAUUUAAGAAAACACCACUGAGAGGGAUAAAGCCCCCUAGAGGCCCUGAGGAGGACUGCACCCUGUCUGUGCUGUUAUCGUUUAUGUCCAUGUUUCUCUGUUGUCCCACAGGCUGUGUGUGCAUCCUUCAGUAAAAUGCUCGUGAUAGCUGGACACUUAUGAACGGACAUGGAGGCACUCAACGCCACACGGGACGACUUCCUACCCGAUGAUGACCCCGGAAAACUUGUGUACCAGGACUUCGAACAGAUAGCCGGUGCAGAUCCGCCAGCAUUGCCUACGUUGGUGUAUGAGGGGGUGGAUUUUCCAGAGGACCCCAUUAAACUGCUGAGUGUUCAGGUCGUGUUGAUUCUGGCUUACAGCACCAUCAUCGUGCUGGGGGUUCUGGGUAAUUCUCUGGUCAUAUACGUCAUCUACCGCUUCAAGACGCUUCGCACCGUCACCAACUUUUUCAUCGCCAACCUGGCAGUUGGUAUGUUUACACACACACACUAA